UAUUCGUGUUACGUAUUUGCGCGCGCGCCCGGGCGCAUACAUAUCGACGGAGUGGACACACAUAUAUAUACACGCGCGCGCGGAUAACGAACGCGCUCGGCGCGGAGAAAGGAGAGUCCGAGAGCCACCAGAGCCGGCCAUAUUUCGCGCGAGUGUACGCUCGCGUGUGCGCGUGCAUACGCAGCUCGUGGCUGUGCCGUCGUGUUCCUCUCCUUUCUCUUUCUUUCUCUUCUCGCGUCCGUUGUUACACACGCGCGCGCGCGCGUCCGACGCUUAAAGUCUCUUCCCGCACGUCCGGGCGCUCCGAUUUUCUUGCCCUUUCGUUUUUCCUAUAUACAUCCCCUUCCUCCCGUCCCGCGGUUUGCCGCACGUCGCCCCUCUCCGUCACGGCGCGCACGCACAUCUUCUCUCCUCCGUCGUCUCCGUCUAAUUUUUGUCAUCCAUAUACUUGUAUACCGAGACGCUUACACUCCUCCACCUUCGCCGGUCUAUCUCGUGUCCGUUCGCUCCGCCGCGCCGUCGUUAUCUAUUUAUCUAGCGUAUCUGACUCGCGCGAACGUCCGUGAAUUUAUCUCCCUUCUUCUCGAGAGCCAGCGACUAUCCAUCUCUUUCGUUCUCUCGUCUCGCGCCGUCUCCACCCCCCCCCCCCCCUCGCGCCCUCUCUGUCUCUCCUUUCUCGCUCUCUCUCGAUCCUCUCUCUCUCCGCCCGACUCGGGCUGUCUUCCUCUCUUUCCCGUGUCUGCUUUCGGCGACAUCGCGACGGCUCAUUCGCUCUCGGUGCUAUGUCUACGUAUUCUCGUACUCAAGAGAGCGACGCGUGGGCCCUACUGGCACUGAAGUCGGCGCCGGCCAGCCCGUCGAAGAUGCAAUGGAACCCGGAAUCGAGUGGGGCGCCGAUAGCGCGGCUCGAGGCCCGCGAGUUCGAGUACAUGGUUAGGCAACGGCGCAUCACGAUCGGCCGCAACAGCAGCAAGGGUGAGGUCGACGUCAACAUGGGCCACUCCAGCUUUAUCUCCCGCCGGCAUCUCGAGAUCUUCUACGAGCACCCGUUCUUCUUCAUGGUCUGCAACGGCAAGAACGGCGUGUUCGUCGACGGGGUAUUCCAGCGCAAGGGCGCCCCUGUCUUUCAACUGCCAAAGACAUGUACAUUCAGAUUUCCAAGUACAACGAUAAAGCUGCUGUUCCAAUCACUUGUCGACGAGGAGCAGAGUAACAUUCGCGUGCCCUCUCCGCCGAAACAGCGGGCACCGUUGCCCCCUCUGCGGAUAAACAUACCGGACACUGGGUAUAGCAGUCCUUUUCCGUCACCCACGGGAACGAUAAGCGCCGCUAAUUCGUGUCCGGCGAGUCCGCGUGCUGGUCAGGGCAGAAGAAACAUCUCGGCGGAUCUGCAGAUGGUGGCGGCGUACGCCGCCGCCGCUGUGGCGAACGAUUCGCAGAACUCUGGCUUGGAUAGGCAUAGCUUGGAGAGGCACGACAGUGGACAGAGCUCCAGUAGGCAGAUAAGCCCGGAGCCCGGUGCCGAUGCUCGUUAUCGAAGUGGUAACAGUUCGGGACCGAAUGGCACGGCGCCACAUUACAGUCCACCGAAAGAUGACUCGAAACCACCGUACUCCUACGCGCAACUGAUCGUCCAGGCGAUCGCCUCGGCGCAUGACAAGCAGCUUACCUUGUCGGGCAUCUAUUCGUACAUCACCAAGCACUAUCCAUACUAUAGGACCGCAGAUAAGGGAUGGCAGAAUUCUAUACGGCACAAUUUGUCGUUGAAUCGCUACUUUAUUAAAGUGCCCAGGAGUCAGGAAGAGCCAGGAAAGGGUUCCUUUUGGAAGAUAGAUCCCCAAUCGGAGAACAAACUCAUUGAGCAGGCAUUCAGACGAAGACGGCAACGUGGAGUACCUUGUUUCCGCGCACCCUUCGGAACGCUGUCGUCAAGAAGUGCUCCAGCUUCGCCGUCUCACGUAGGAAUCAGUGGGUUAAUCACGCCCGAGUGUUUGAGCAGAGAGACCUCUCCUGGACCCGAGUCUUAUCCGGACAGUUCGGUUCCAUCUCCGGCUGGGCAACUCGCAAGUCAGUCGGCACCCGGCUCUCCUGGACAUCCGUUUACAUCGUCCCAGACAACUCAUAAGGGACGCCUGAUGCAAACAGUGGUAACAAACGGCGUCAGUGGCGAUGCCACAGGAAGAGAAGAAAAAUAUUUGGUGCCUGGAAAUGCUAUAGAGGACCAUUCUUUAUCUCCAGCUGGCCAAUAUAGUCCAGCUCCUGUUAUUGUACAAACAACAUAUAAUUACAGUGGAAAUUUUAUCAGCCCCGAUGCUGGCAUUGGGGGGAUUAGCAAACGCACUCACGAAGAAUCAGACAGCUCGCCCGGUUCACCGGCUCCGCUUGCGAUCGUCGAGAGCCCCGAGCCUCCCGAACAUCAGCCAUCGCAAUCUAAGCGUCAACGUAUCCACGAAAUGGAUGAUCAUUGAACUGAUAUAUCUAGCAUCCUGUUACGUAGAACAUUACAUUUACAUUAUUUGCCUGUCGUCAAAUACACACACAUACAUACAUACAUAAACACACAUAUAUACACACUGCAAACUUCAUUUUAUUUUAACCGCAUAGCCCGCUUUAGACUGCACAUAAUCGAGACCGAGCGUCAGUUCUAUGUUUUCGCGAGAAUUGCGAGAAACUGUUGUGUGUACGAAUCCGCGAAAGAAAAUCAACUGCUGAGAGAAAGAACGGCGAGCGGAAGACUUUUUCCUGCCCUAGACUUCAUGUUUUCAAUAUGAUUUUCUCAACAACAGUCAAUGUAUAUAAGAUAUAUAAAUACUUUAUUAAAUGCUUUCUCUUUAUGACUUGUUAACUUCGGCAGAAGAUAUAGUAUAUAUGUAUAUGGAGCUUAUUUGAUCGAAGGUCAUCCAAAAUAGUAACAGCAGCUGUUGCGCUGACACAUCAAAUUGCAAUAAUGUGAUGCGGUAACGUGUGCCAUUCAGCGUUUAGCCGAUAUAUUAAUUAAAAUAGACAAAGAGGAAAAGAGAGUGUUAUCCAGUAUAAUCCAAUUGAAUGGAGUGAAAAUGUGAUUUAUUCAUAGCUGAAUCUCCGCUAACCGACAUCCAUUUCACUCACGCGCGAUUUCUGUUUUUUUCGUAUUAUCGCUUGCACCGGCUUGGCGUCGUCAUCACGACUAUAAUGAAGAUUAACGUUAGGCAAAGUGAUAAGAAGAGCGAGAAAAAAAAUAAUAGAUUAUUAUUAUUACAAUUAGCGCUCUUUAAGACGCUCAAUCGAAUGUUAUAUCUGAGGACGCGAUAAGACGUAGAAUACUAUCAGUAUGACAAUGAGAAGGCCGAUAAAGAACGGGUGGAACAAAUCGACGAGCUUUUGUAACGUUAACGAUAUAGUCUCUGUUAGAGAUUGUUACCAGAGCCAGAGGAAACAAAAUAGAGCCUUCUAAUGUGUGUUUUACAUAAUAUAAUUAAUGUAAGGGCGCAGUUUUAUGUUAGUGGAAUCUAAUUCCAGCUGAUCGAGCGGCUAUACACACGGGAACACAUAUUGUAUAAACAUAAUACUUCUCCCACGAGAAGUUCACGUGCGCAUCACGCAAGUCAUCGGUCAGGGCGAAGGGAGAGAGAAGGGGGGAGGGGGGAGAAAAAGUGAAAAUAUCUUCCAUCGAGUAUUUUUCGAAUUUUUUCCCGUCAUCCCGAUUUCUCCGUCGUCCUUCGAACAAGGGCACGAUUGUUUGCGUUGCCGCAACGGAAUGGUUCACAUCUAAUCUAAUCAUUUAUAAUAGUCUCGUUUUUAAAAUGCUGGAAGAAAUUUUCAGAUACAAAAAAAAGACAGAGAUAAAACGGAAAAGGUGGACAGGAAACGAAAUUCGAGCGAGAGAGUUUCGCAGAGCAAUGUCGGGGCUGCGGUCGACGAUAAUGAUGCCAAACUCAAUUACUGAUUUUCUCCUGCGAUCGAUUUACUUUUCUCGUGCAAUCGUAGUUAAUCGUAAACUCGCCGAUCUCCCUAGAACGUCGGCGUUAGACAAGAUAAAAAUAAAACACACACAAAAAAAAACAGGAAAAAAUGACACGUAGUAGCGUUAGAUUUUACGGGUGGAGCAAGGUGAGGCCGAGAGCAGGAUUGGACGUAGUUAUGCGUUAUAACGAGAUCGGGAAUGGAGCGUGGUGCAAUAAAGAGGCAAAAAAAAAAAGAAAAAAGAAAAGGGAAGGAAAAACGAAAUUUAUUUUUCGCACCUUUCGCGAACAGAGCGAGCGGCGUACGCGGUGUUCUAUCUGAAACGUUUAUUUUUCUAUAGUCGGACGUACACGGAGAGCACAACAAGGGGGUGAUUUUCGGACGACAUUGCUAUGAGACGGAUAUUACACGCUGUACAGUGUUGAUACAUACGUAUCACGAGCGACGUAUGUCACUAUUAUUAUACAUAUACGUACAUACGUGUGUGCGAGAUACGUGUACGUAUACACAAACACGUGUAGCAAAAGUUGAUGCGUGCGCGCGCGCGCGCGCGUACAUGGCACGCAAAAUGUGUGUCGCGAAAAAUCGAUAUGCGAAACGGGUAUACGUGCGUGACAUAUACACACACAUACACCUACCUUCGAUGUCAUGAUGUGCAUGUAUGUGUGCAUAUGUAUAAUAACGCAAUAAAAUUAAUACUACAUUA